UUCUCAGAUCCCACUCGCGAGCUGAAGGCAGCUAACGUUUUCAGUAUUAGAAGUGUUAAACAUUCAUUUAAUACAAGAUAAUUCACACUACGGUUUAUUUCUGUGAGGUUAUGGGCAGGGCACCGCUCUGAGGGAUACGGCUUUACCCACGUAAAUAAUGAUGAAGAAGGAUAUUAACUUGAGCCUGGCGGACGACGCAGACCUCAAACCGCAUCUCCGCGACGCUGAGAGCAUCCUCAGCUCCCCGGACCUGGGGCUGCUAAAACUGGCCUCUCCGGAGCUGGAGAGGCUGAUCAUCCAGUCCAACGGCAUGGUCACUACGACACCGACCAGCUCCCAGUUCCUCUACCCGAAGACGGUAACGGACGAGCAAGAGUUCGCCGAGGGCUUCGUGAAGGCGUUGGAGGACUUGCACAAGCAGAAUCAGCUGAACGGAGACGGGCAGACGAGCAGUACCCUGGAUCUGGGCGCCAACAUAGCCCCCGUCACCGUCCAGCCGGAUCUACCGGUAUAUACGAACCUGAACAGUUACGGCACCGGGCCACUGGCAACCACUGUCAACUACUCUACGGACACAGUCCCUUUCCCGCCUCCGCCGCCACAUCAUUUGGGGGCAGCCCCGCCGCAGUCGGAGCUUUCUCGGGUCCAGCCGCUGAAGGAGGAGCCUCAGACGGUCCCCGACGUUCAGAGCUUCGGCGAAAGCCCGCCGCUGUCUCCCAUCGACAUGGACACACAGGAGCGCAUCAAAGCCGAGAGGAAGAGGCUCAGGAACCGAAUUGCAGCUUCCAAGUGUCGGAGGCGCAAACUGGAGCGGAUCUCCAGACUGGAGGACAAGGUCAAAACGCUGAAAAGCCAAAACACUGACCUGGCCUCCACGGCUAGCCUGUUAAGAGAUCAAGUGGCCCAGCUGAAACAGAAAGUCCUCACCCAUGUUAACAGCGGCUGUCAGCUGCUGCCACACGAAGUUCAAGUGCACUAGCCAGAGGAACAGACCUGCAGUGGCGCUACUGACCAGCAUAUAAGCUCAAUGGACUUUGUUAAUAUUGUUUUUUUAUUCUGUAUGUAGCGUAGCCCAGAUGUGUGCCGUUCUCAGUGGAAUGAAUGCCAGGCCACGCAGACAAAAUUGUACAUUAAAAAUCGGUUGUUUUAAAGUGCUUUGAACAUCGGUAAAAUGUGCACAUAUGUGGUAGAACAUAAUAUAUGAUAAGGAUUAAUGAGACUCUUUCGCUGUAAUCGGCAGAUAGUUUGAACAAGUUUUAUCCCUAGAGUAAUUUCUAGAAUCCACAUGGCUCCACUGUCGCCUCCGCCCAGUGGAGAGAACAAAUCAGUGUUACGCACUGGAUUUUGAAUUAAACAGUUGUCUAUUGGUUUAUUUAUGCCGAAUUAAAGAGCGUUUGCCUUUGAUGUGUUCAAUGUAUAAAAUCCUGUUCUACCUCGUAUCUAUUUUAACUGGUGAACAAGGCAGCUUUAAACUGAUGUUUUUUUCAAUGGAAUUUGGCCCAAGGCUUUACUGAUGGGGAAAAAGAGGCACUUAUCGGGGGCGAUAUGCUCAUAUUCAAGUACAGACAGUACAUGUCCAGAUUUUUUUCUUGUAAAAAUGUUUACAGACUGGCUGUGUCUAAAUAGUCUCAAACCUGGACCAAACAGAUUUACAGUAUUUCUACAAGAACGCGCAUAUUUAUGACAUAGAUAUGCCUAACACGUGAGGAACUGGCUGUAAGACAAAUGCAUAUUAAACACUCACAUUUGAUAUGUAAAAGAGAAUCUACAUAUAAAACCUAUUUACCAUUGUAUUUCUGUAGGGAACAAUUUGCAUGUUGCUGACAUACUCGAAUGUUGCCCACAGCUGGGUGUCACAGGGCGUAAUUAAUCAGUGUUUAUUAUCUGUAACCUUUACAAACACUUGUAUUUAUCUAUUUUUUUCUACUGUGUCCUAUUUCACUGUGUUCUUAUUUUAAAUGCGAAGAGUCGUAACCUUUUUGUUGCACUGACUGUUGCUGUCACCUCUAGCCUACAGUUAUUUGGCUCUAUGCCGCCGUGUUCUGAAUUAAAUGCUGCUCGGCAAUAAACAUUUUGGUGAAUCGCUCGUA